GACGGCCUAGGAACAGUGGGUUAACUGCCUUGUAUUUUUCGGCGUUUAUCCAAAAUCACACGACGAACCAUGGCGGAGUUAGAGCCUACAAAAAGACGCCAUUACAUUUAUCUUUAUAAAGUUAACAUUUUAAAAGGUCAGCUCGGAUAUUCGAUCUUUCGGUUCUAGUCCAGCACUUUAACCACUAGGCUACCUGACGCCCUGGCUAUCUGCCAUAACCUUUUACAUUGUAACUUUAUAAAGAUAAAUAGUAAUGGCGUCUUUUUGUAGGCUCUAACUUCGCCAUGGUUCGUCGUAUGGUUUUUGGAUAAACGCCAAAAAAUAAGGUCUGUUGUAAACGCAGGUUUAGGCGAUUUUAUACGCUUUGUUCUAUGAGAUAAUCUAAGAGGGGUAUGCACGUCCCAAGGAUUCCGGAUAGCAAGGACCCUCAAAGAAAGGCCAUCAUUGCUAUAGGUUUUGUUCCGACCAGCUGUUUGGGGAAUGCUAUUUACGCGCACAGGAAGAGAUGUCAGCUGAUCAGUCGAAGGAAAUGUUUGAUGCUAGCAGAAGAAUUGUUGUCAGUUAUAAAAAAAACGUGUAUCUGAUUUCAGUAUAUCGUUUCUCCAGUUUCUUAAUAGCUUGUAUUCUGGUACUCUUCAACAUAGAAAAAUGUCGAGCGUUGCCUUCAAGCUGCUCUCUCUUGUUGGUUUGUUAUUGAUGUCAACACAGACGACGGAUGCGAAGAAUUCAGAGGAUAUCCGGUGUAAAUGUACCUGCCCACCAUACAGAGACAUCGAUGGACAGAUCUACAAACAAAAUGUAUCUCUAAAGGAUUGUAACUGCCUUCAUGUUGUGGAGCCAAUGCCAGUUGAUGGAAAGGAUGUAGAGGCGUACUGUCUGCGUUGUGAAUGCAAAUAUGAGGAGAGGAGUUCUGGAACUAUCAAGGUGACUAUCAUAAUCUACCUGUCCAUCCUGGGCCUGCUGUUCCUCUACAUGGUGUACCUGACCCUGCUGGAACCCAUGCUGAAGAGGAGGCUCUUUGGACACUCACAGCUUCAGAAUGAUGAUGAUGUCGGGGACCAGCAGCCUUUCGCCAACGCCCACAACGUAUUGUCUCAUUCGGCCUCUCGCCCCAACAUGCUGAACAAAGUGGAGCACGCUCAGCAGCGCUGGCGGAGGCAGGUCCAGGAACAGAGGAAGUCUGUGUUUGACCGCCAUGUGGUGCUCAGCUAAACCCAUCCCCAGGAAACAAAAACCUGGGGUGAAGCAAAAAAUGUUACUGUGACUGGGUGUUCCUUUUUUUUUUCUUUUCUAUUUUGUCUGAUUCUUUCCCCAACUUCCGAGCUUCAUCCUUAUUGGUGUUUUGUUCCUCAACUGGACCUGUAUUUCAUGAAAUGUGAUCAUAUAGCUCUAUGUAUUCAGGAGGUGAUCGUAAAGAGUCUCUGCAUCAGUAGGUUGAAGUGGGGCGUUGCAUUUGAGACCUUUGGCUUAAGAUAAUGCCAGUGUCUGUAUGACUUUGUAUACUUUCUGAUUUAAUAAUACUAAUAGAAAGUUAGAUGUUAGUUUGUUGCCCCCCCCAAUGGAUGAUAUGUGCCAUUUUGCACAAGCUGAUGAUGAUAUUUGGCUUUUGAUAAAGUAGAAACAAUGGGUGACAGUGCACUCUUUUACAGUAAUAUUGGUAGCUUCUGAUAACAGUAAUGUUGGCAAAGUCACCAAUGAAAUUAGGUGAGACAUUUGAGGGUAGAGUAAAUAACAAACAAAAAAAUAUCAUACCAAAAUUAAUCACUCAAACUAAUGAAAACAUCUACAAUAAAUGUAACAUCUGCUACCUAAACUACAGAAGAAGGGAAUGAGUUGGAAACAGUAAAAAUGUGUAACAUCAGUCUCUUGUCAAAAAGCAUGUUUUUAAGAAGUGAUGUAUAAACUUAUUUCCAACCUUUUACCCUAAACAACAGUUGAUGUACAGAUGUAUGCAUUUCGUGGUGUGAACACUCCUGUAUCAUGUUCUCCUGUAAGGCUAAGUAUAAUGUAGCAUUUGGGAGACAUUUUGACAGUUAAUGACAGUUAUCAUCUGAUGGUACAUUUAAUGUAAACAUUAGUCCUCUCCUUUGAAUAUACGUGUGUUACUGUAGUCAGAGCCCACAGCUGUCACUGGCUAGAGUAGAUGUACACCAUCUCUGCACCUUGCUUGUUUUGUUUUCAGCUUCUACUCCUCUCCAUUUAGAUACAUUUGACAUGAAUCAUACAUGAAUGAGACCCUCCUUUAUUCAAAC